CCCCACCUUCACACUAAAGCUCUCGCCACAGUUUUCGCGGAUUAAAAUUUUAGACCCCCACCUCCAUGUCAGAAACAGAAUCCCAAGAAAACGCUCUGCAAUAUUAUUUAAUCGACGGUAAGACUUUGCGUGCGAUAUCGAGAGUACGAUAUGGCCGGCCGGGAAAGACAUUGAGGCGUGCAACAAUUCCAAAGCCACAUGUUUCACGGAAAGAGCCGGCAACAUAUUAAAUUGUGGCGCGCAUCUAUAAGCCAUAGCAUCCUGGACAAAAUAAGAUAAAAAUGGAAAUUUGAAAAAGCUCCAAACAAAAAAUUCCAAUCAAAGUUUUGCCUUGCUUUGGAAGAUUUGGUAAAAAUAAGCUAUUGCUUGCUAACCAUGCCCUCUGGCAAUCUCUGUCUACUGAUUAUAAUGUGACGUACGUCAAAACUGUUAUACCUUAGCAGUUGCUUGUCGACCAUGGACGCAUUGACAGUUUCUACUGUACUCUCCCUUUUCGACACACCAAAACCAAAUAACCUAAGUGCCUGUCUUACCUGUGUAUUUACAGACUUCACUGUUUAAUAUUAACAACAAAUAAACGAAUACACUUACGGGGCCUAUUAAGACCAAACCAGCUCUAUUACACACAGCCAUGCCAUUAAAUAGUCGCCUUGGCAACAGGUAAUGCGGGAAUAACCAAAAGAAUAGCACCAUUCUAGCAUUAUAAAACCUACUCUCUGUGUUCUUUAUUAGUUUCGUGGCGAGUUCUUAAUCUAUUGACUUUCUUCGUGUGGGAGACAAUGGGACUUUACUCUAGGGAGUUUGCGUUGCUUGGUGCGAUUCUGAUGGCCAUUUGUUUAGCAAAGUUCAAGCUCCGUCUUAGAACAAGGAAACUAAUGAUUUCGCGGGAGAUUCCUUAGUUUUUUACAAUUCUUGUCGAUUCGGGACGGUCUCAAAAUGACAGUGAGCCUCACGGACCUGCUCGACAUGGCAAUAAGCCCUGAAAUUGGGCCAGUCAACUUUUUCCAUUUACGAAAUCUUUUGCAUACACUCUUGGAGCACUUCGAUAUCGGAGAAAUCGAAGCUCAACAAGCUGAAAUUGUCGCUCCUGGCGGCUAUGAAAGCUCUGAGGAAUCGGAAAGUGGCUCAGAAAACUCCGAUAGUGAGACUGAAAACGAAUCCGAACAAUCCGAACCAGAGAUCGAGAUAGUCGGGGAAGAGGUUCAGAAAACCAUCAUCGAUGAAGACGGGCAAGAAAAAACUGUGACCGUUACAAUACAGAAAAAGGUUAUCAAGGAGAAAGACCCGAGCGAGAAGAAAAAGGACGGAGAAAGCAAAAAGAAACACAGAAGCGAGAAAGCCAAGGAUGGAUCGGACGGCAAAGAGAGAUCAGAUAGGAAGGAGAAGAGAAAAGACAGGAAGACAAAAUCGGACAAAGAUGGUGACGAGGGCAUGAGUGGCAAGAAAUCGGACAAGUCUGCUGUAUAUGGCAGCUCAGCAUACGGAAAGGACUCCUACGGCAGCAAGUCGAAGAAAGUGGAAAAGAAAGUUACAUCGGAAACGAUCGGCGAGCUGCCGGAGAUCAUCAAUCUCGAGAGGCGCAUCGAGGCCGCCGAGGUCGGAAUCAAGAGUCUACGAAACAUUAUUGAUUCGAUGGUCAACCAGGUCGACUUUGGCGAUGGCGUAGGGGAUAUGCUGAAGGCGCAACUGGAUCAGGUUCAACAGCAAAUGAACGAAGUCGAGCUCAUUAAGAAGGAAGAGCCAAAAGACAAGAAAAAGAACAAAGGCUUCAAGUCCAAAGAAUCCCAAAAUGUCCCACAGACUGGGAUCAUAACGGAAGGGGACUCCGGCGCCCUUGGGGCCACAACAGCGUCAGCGCCGGGAGCCCCUGUAGCCCCUGCCUCGGCCAUUGCAGCGGUCAUUCCACCUCCAAAUCGGCGCGCGCAGGACACUGGUAAACGGGUACCUUCUCGUAAGGAUUCCCGCAAGGGUGGAGUGCAACUAAAGGGAGCGAGGCCUCCGAGCCAAGAAGGAGAGAAACCUGCGCUGCUUAAAAAGCGGACCACGCUUAGGGAUCUACAGCUCAGGAAGAUGGCGCGAGAGGAGGGUGUAAGUAUCGAAGAGAUCGAGGCGAGAGAGGAGGCCGCAGGGGGGGACGAAGAACAGAAGGAGAAGAUGAAGGAAAGAAAGGACAAGAAAGAGGAAAAGAAGGAUAAGGACAAGGACAAAGAUAAAGACGAGGAGGACGACAGCAGCGAUUCCGAGGAGGAGCGAGAAGCGAUGGACGAGAUGAUUAUGGAGGAGAUCGAAGCCGCCCUUGAGAACGCUGGGGACGACCCUGAGGCCCAGGCCUACGCGCUCAGACUAGGUCUGGAACAGAUGCAGAAUAUGAAGAAGACGCUGUCGAUGCAACAGGAGGACUUCAAGAAAGACAUGGAAAAGAACAAGAAAGCCAUUGACCAGUUGUCUAGGGAGUUGUCACUUUUCAGGGCCGCCAGAAAGGCACAGGACGCGGAGGGGUUCAACGCGGUUCAUCAUGUGCAUAGUAUGGUGCUGGAGCUGCAGACAAAACACGACAAGAUGAUGGCGACCACUGCAGAACUCGUCAACGAGUAUAACAGGCGAGAGAAAGUCCUGGAUGAGCUUGCAGACAGCAUUGACAAGCUUGAGCAGAAGAAAGCGGAUAAACAAGAUGUCAACAAGAACAUCGACAUCAAGGCCAACAAGGAAGACUUGGAGUCCAAGGUCAGCAUGAACCAAUUCGACGAGUCAUUCAACCUGCUGGACCGCGGGCUCAAUGAGGCUCUUGAGAAGAUGGGAAAUCAGAUGACGAUCGAGGAUGCUCUGAAGGAAACUCUGAUGGACCUACAGUCCAAACUUACCCUCAAACUGGACAGGAACGAGCUGGACAACCUGCGCGCGCAGCUUGAGUCGCGCAUCAAAGAAGUACAAGUCACGCGCACCGUGAUACAGGUGAAACCAGAGGACGGAGAGCCUGCGGGAUUUAGGAGGAACAUCACUGAAAAGGUGCACUGCAUUUCGUGUGACCGGCUCCUGGAUGUGCAAACGUCGGUAGCCCCCCCACCCCUACCCAAGAACCAGCCUCUCCCAAGUCACAAGUCCGCUAAACCUUACACCACGUACGAGCUAGAGCACAUCAGACAGCACCAGAAGAUGAAUGUGGGGCUGAGGAAGGCGGUGAUCGGCGCAGACUUACCUUACAGUGCCCAGAAGUUACGUAACGAGGUCGUUGCCAUGACAGGAAUGGACUUGAUCGACCUCCCCCCUUCCCAGCGCUACUGCGGUGGCUCCCACACGAUCAUCCACCCGCUGCGCCGCAACGUCAAGUCCAACAGCCACUUCAACCAGUACGUGGUGAUAAAAGACGACGCCGAGGCCCCUGUAGCCUUACCCAAGCGAGAAUUCAUCGUCCCUAAGGACUCCGGAUUGAAGAAGCACUCGAAACCCAAGCUCCCGUCGAUCCGGCAAGGCAUGAGUGACGACGUGCCCCCAAUGGAGUACGAGUACGAGGAGCGCCCCGCAAGUGCACCAGCCACGCCCUCCCUCUUAUCCAAUCACAACAACUAUAAUAACUACCCUCAGGGUAAGGUUCGGCGGAGUAUGAGCUCCCCACAAGGGGGCCCUCCGUUAUCACCCCCACCGGGGAGGACAGGGGAGGGUUCGCCGGUUGAGCUUGGGAGGAUUUCGGUGACUGUGCCGAGUCCAGACGUUGAGAGUUAAUGAAAGAAGCUUAAAGCUUGGUACAUACUUCAGAUAAAUCGGGGUGGGUAUAAGGAAGCUAUCUGGUGUGGAUACUGUAAAUUUUGAUUCAUCACGAUGGUGCUAUCCCGUGCUGAUAUACUGCCCGAUAAAAGCACCAAAAAUAUGACAUGGGGAAAUUAAUAACAAUAUGGCGCUGUUAAUAUUCCAUUCUGUUUUUCGCUCGAUUGCAUCACGCUACCUCGUGCUCUUGCAACCUACUUACAAAACUACAGCUUGAUCGAAUGCGCGUAUUUGAAAAUUUGAGUCACUUUUGUGUCAUAUAGACAAGAAUGUUACUGCUUUCCAGACCUGUUUAUGCCUAUAUUUACUCUUGUAUGUUUAUUUAUUUGAUACACAUGAGGCACUGCGGGUUACGACACGGAUUCUCCAAGUUCAACCUUAUUUGAAAUAGGUGUAAUUGUAGUUUGAUCUAACACGCGGCACGACACACAACUCUAAACUCAUGUUAAGGUACCUAAAGCGAGAAGGUCACUGCUAAGCCCAACCUUCACCCCAAGACCUUAGAUCCUCCAGCAUUUUCUAGUUUAGAUCAAUUUUUUUUUCAUUUGCUUGAUGCUCCAUGAUUGCUUUUCGAAAAGAUCACUGCAGAUUAAAGAGAAGUGCUCGUGGUCGCAAAAAUAGUAUCGCGCUCCUCAUGUUCGCCAAUGCUUUAAAAGACCAUUUGAUACCCCUAUUAGAAUAUAUUUUCAUCUAGAGUAUGGCAUCAUAUCUCUUGGAUAAACUAUACAGAUUGUAAAAAUGUAAAUAAAAGUGUUACAGGAAUUGAAAGAAUAAUGCAGAAACUGCUACGCGAAACAGCGAAACCAUCACACGUGAGGCAUAAGUUAAUGACUGGCUACGUUUUGUAAUAUUAGUGUUUAACAACGAAAGCAAGGAAUGCCAUCAUGGAGAGGGCAUCUUUCACCCUGAGCUUCGUGAUCUAUUUAUGGUUUCGCUGCUUAAUGUAUUUGAAGUAAGUUUUUGCCAUUUAUCUUGCCACCAAGUGUGUAAUAGAACUAAAGUAUUUAUACGGUGUUUUAUAAUGGUUAGUAUUUAUUGAUUCUUUAAGAAUCUUUAAAGAAUAAUAAACGAAGAUUUAAAAUGUC